GCUCUCUCCCAUACGGUUCAUACAUUUGUGUUCGCAUCCCGGAAGUUCUGUGCUCUAAUCUCAUUUCCGUUUCGUGUUUAAUAUGGCACGUAAAACUAAAUUUGAUGAUGCCUUGGAUUACAUAUUCAUCGCUAAUGACAAAAAUCCCAAUACUUACGUCAUAUCACCCGCACAUCCUGCUGUCACCUUGUCCGCAACCACAACAACAGUCCGAACGAUGAUGGCCCAUGCCAAUAGUGAUUCGGCCGGCAAUAGAUUAGUGAAUACUCUAAAUGGUGCUGCUGCCCUCACUGCUGUAUCCGUCACUGCCAGCGCUGCUGUUCUAGGCAGCAGCAUUAGUAGCAGCAAUAAUCACAACCAAAUACCUGCGUUCUCCGCCGAAUCGCUAAUAGCUGCUGCGGACAGCACUAUGUAUGACAGUGUGGCUGUCGAUUUGGGUUCGCUGUUGAUCAAUGGUUCGCUGUUGAAUGAUACCAGUCUGCUGGCAGACAUAUUCAAUGGCAGCGAUGUCAUGGGCAAUGUAACCAGUGGCAAUAUGACCAACCCGGAGGAUGUGGGCGAACUGAUACGAAUGGCUGCCACAUCAGUGGUGCUGGGCCUCAUGAUCCUCAUAACCAUCAUAGGCAAUGUUUUUGUGAUAGCCGCCAUCAUUCUGGAGCGACAUUUGCAGAAUGUUGCUAAUUACUUGGUAGCAUCGUUGGCCGUUGCAGAUUUGUUUGUAGCAUGCCUUGUAAUGCCAUUGGGUGCCGUUUAUGAGAUAAGUCAAGGAUGGAUAUUGGGACCGGAAUUGUGUGACAUAUGGACAUCCAUUGAUGUUUUAUGUUGCACGGCAUCGAUAUUGCAUUUGGUGGCCAUUGCUGUUGAUAGGGACAUUUAUAACCAAAAGGCACAAAAAAAGGGGGAGAAGAAGGAGCAGCAGGAAGAGAGCCGCACUACUCCGGAGGGCCAAUACGCCGAGCUCUUUGCCGCGCAGAAUGAAUUGACGCAACUGCGUGUCUUAACUUCGCAUCCUGAAAAGUACGAAGUUAAUCAUACUCAUGAAGUUUUUCUCUUUCAUUGGCUUAAUCUUUUUAUGCAAAAACAACACACCAAGUGUUACAGCAACAUUAUAAACGGCAGCAAAAACAACAGCAGUAGCAAACAUCAGUAG